CGAAGCCACGCCUCUUCAGCGACAAUCACACGCCGCGAGACAGUUUCACAAACUUACUGGGAUUAUAAAGUACAAAGACACCUGUGACCUGAACACAGUUUGCUCACAAUGCCUAACUGGGGUGGAGGCAACAAAUGUGGAGCGUGUGAUGGGACAGUGUAUCACGCUGAAGAGGUCCAGUGUGAUGGAAGAAGUUUCCACAAGUGCUGCUUUCUCUGUAUGGUCUGCAGGAAAGGUUUAGACAGCACCACGCUGGCCAUCCACGACCAGGAGAUCUACUGCAAGUCCUGCUACGGCAAAAAGUACGGCCCGAAAGGAUACGGGUACGGCCAGGGGGCGGGAACGCUCAAUAUGGACCGCGGCGAGAGGCUGGGCAUCAAACCAGAAGAGACACAAACACACAGGCCCACCUCCAACCCAAACCCGUCCAAGUUUGCACAGAAGUUCGGAGGCUCGGAGAAGUGCGCACGCUGUGGAGAGGCUGUGUAUGCUGCCGAGAAGGUGAAGGGCGCUGGAAAGCCGUGGCACAAGAACUGCUUUCGCUGUGCCAAAUGUGGAAAGAGCUUAGAGUCGACCACACAGACAGAGAAAGACGGUGAAAUCUACUGCAAGGCGUGUUAUGCAAAGAACUUUGGACCCAAAGGAUUUGGAUACGGUCAGGGAGCAGGGGCUCUGGUCCACGCUCAAUAAUAUUUAUCACUUUUACACGGUCUAAAGGUUACUACGCAUUUCAAAUAACUGGCUAAGGUUUAAGAAGCCAAUUUUAUAAGUAUCUACAAUAAUUUUGUAAUUUGUUAAGUGAUAGUUCGCCCAAAAAUAAAAGUUCUCUCAUUAUUUGCUCACGCUAUUGUCAUUUCAAACCUUUAUGUCUUUUGUCCGCAGAACACAAAAGAUAUUUUGAAAAAUGUUGAUAACUGGACCACAUUAACUUGCAUUGGUUUUGUGUCCAUACAAUAGAUUUUGAAUGCGGUCCAGUGCUGUUGGGUUACCCACUUUCUUCAAAAUAUCUUCUUUUGCUUGAUUUGUUAAUUUUGGCAUUUACUAAUACACUUUAAAAUGCAUUUAGUAAUUUAAUAAAAUUGACUAAUGUUAAUAAAUACAACCUUACUGUAA